CUUAUUUCUUUAUUUUAUCCAGGGGAAGCCAAGGAACAUCAGUUAAGUUUUGAAGUGGGUGAAGUUAAGCAAGCAAAAUGCAGGCUCUCUGGCCUCUGUGGUUGUCUGCUUCUUUAUGUCUGCUGGAUGCUUCACCACUUUUCGUGGAGAAAGAAAACACAAGCUCCAGGAUCUGUAAACCUGCCCCUCAUUGGGAGAUCAGUAACCAAGCUCCGAUGAAACUGCUUCUGGGAAAUGUAGUCGUUGUGGUUCUUCUUAAAGCAACCUGACACUUCUGUCUCACGCAGGCCGCCAGGGUUGGACAACUGCGUGACAAGUUGGCCCGUGGCAAUCUGACUGACAUUGCGUUUCUGAUUGUCAAUGAGCAGGACGCAAUGUCCAGAGCCAUGUACUGGGAACUUAAGAGAAGGGUGGCCAAGGGUAUCCCUGUAUAUCAGCAGGGCCCACUGCAAAAAGAUGUCUGGGAGAUCUUAGAGGGAGACAAAGAUGAUUUUUUGGUGUAUGAUAGAUGUGGAUUUUUGACCUUCCAUAUUGUACUGCCAUACAGCUUUCUUCACUACCCUUAUGUAGAAGCUGCCAUCAGAGCCACAUAUCACAAAGACAUAUGCAACUGUUCAUUGAGUGCUAAUUCAACUAUGUCAGCAGAAAACAACCAUAGCACUACGUCCACAGGAGACAAUAGUCGGCAUGUUGAACUUACAGAGCCUGCUGUUGAACAACCAACAUCUAAUCUUCAUCCUCACCAGCAUGAGCAUCAUCAUCAUCAUCAUCAUCCACACAAUAACACUCAUGAAAGAAUAAGUAAACCAAAGGAACCAACAGAGCAUUCUCAUAAAAAACAUAGCUUGUAUAACACACAGCGUUAGGGCCUAUACAAUAGUACAGAAUUUCUGACUAUGUGAAUAUGCUGAUAGGGGGUUUUUGUGGAUUUAUUAAAUCAUUUCUAUAGUUAUUUUUUUAAAUAUGAAAAUAUGUUUUUUUUUAUAACAGAGCUGAUCUUGAAUCUUUGGAUUUAACUUAAAUGUGGGAAUUCUGAUGGUUGUGGGUUUUGAAAUCAAGUAUAUCAAGUGUUUUUCCUCAAUGCUUUUAAUGAAGUGUGCACUUUAAACCUGGAUCAGGGGUCUGCAUACAGAUGCUGAGCAGAGGGGUCAGCUAUACACUAUACAGUACAUAUCAGUAUUCCCUCAUGUUUGGAUAUCUAAACUCUUUGUGUCUGUUGAAACAAAGAGCUUUAUUAAUAUUGUCAUUUUACAACAGCUUAUUUGUUAAUGUCUGAAAUAUUAACUAAGGGAGUGUCACAAUUGUUCACAACCCAGUUCCAAAAUAAAUUCACAUCAGCAUAUGACAUACAACA